UCAAGGGCAAAGUGCUCGCGAUUUUCUCUCUGUCUUGCAGGAAGUUUUGUCCGUGAAACAGAACGCAUUCGGCAUGUCAUCCACUGUAACAGCUUCCUCUUCCGCUGCAGCGGCCUCAUCAGCAGCAGCACAACAGGCGGUCCCAUUAACAACACAACAAGCACCAGCUCAGCAGGCCCCCUCUAUCGUCACUGAAGGUGUAACCUCGCUGGCUCCACAGACUACUCUAGCAGCAGCAGCAUCCGCAGCGGAGGCAACCAACACAUCCUCAGCUGGAAACGCUAGUGGACCAUGGCUAUCCUUAAUCCCAUUGGUCCGCUCAUCCCUCGCCCCAGCGACCUGGCGAACCUACGUUAGCCACUGGAAGGAAUGGGACCAAUUCUGCAUCACGCGGAGGGCGGAGUCAUCAGUCAGCUCUCAGGGGAUGCUGGGUGUACGCAAGGCUUCAACAAGGGUAUGGAUCGUGGGCCAUUCCUUCAUUCAUUGGGCGGCGAUCCGUGCUCUCACUAGGGUUGGGGGGCAGAAUUUGGGUUUCCCUGCAUCAAAAGCUUCCAUCCGUUGGCUGGGGUUUAAGGGUUUGUGCUGGCCCCAGCUCCCCAAUGUUCUCACAGAUGCCCAUAGACGGUGGGGUAAACCCCACAUUAUUCUAAUACAUUUAGGGGGUAAUGACAUGGGUGCCAUUCCAUCCCUCGAAUUGACCAAAAUUAUUCAGUCAGACUUAGGCUGGCUUAGGGCAUGGAUGCCGGGGGUAAUUAUAGGCUGGUCUAAUGUAAUAGCGCGCCGCCAAUGGCGAUAUAUGGGAUCCUCAGGCGCAGCCUAUAGGGUGAGGAAGAAGCUGAAUAGGGAUGUGGGCGCGGCCGUCACUGGUAACCAGGGCUUCGUGGUACGGCACGAUGCCAUUACAGCCGACAAGCGGGAGCUCUAUAGACCUGAUGGGGUUCAUUUAUCUGAUGUAGGGCUAGACUUAUUUUUAGGGGAUUUGUCAAAAGCUCUCGCUCCCUUCCUGUAAGUCAGGUCGGGUGGGUGGCGGCAAGUGAUACCUGAGAUGCUAUCCCUUGUGGCGGGAGGAUUGCGGCCCAGUAGCGGCGAACGGGGCGAGUGAUGGCCAGGCUGAUGAGGGUGGGGCUCGAUUACUUCAGUUAACUGGAGUGCCCCUCCCUCCGGGUAGGUAGGCCAGAAGAACUCGUAACACCCCUAGUAGCAUUUCCAUUUCUUGUGCAGAGUUUUUCUGCUGUUGCCUUCCAUUAGGCCGCUCUCCUCUGUAGUCCGGGGGGUUAGUCUUAGCCUCUCAUUUGCCGCCAUCUGUUGAAUUCUUAUCUGUCGGUUUAGUUAAUAGUUAAGCCUAAAGUUAUAGGUUAAUAAAUGGGACCAGUGAUGGUUCAUAAAUUUUACCCAAA